AUGUCGGAAGCAGCAGAAGAGGGAAAAAUUAAAGACAAUCAAUUCGAAAACAGUGAUGAAAAGUGGGAGGAACUCUUCAAGAGUCACUUCCAGAGUAAUUUCAUCACAAUAAAAGGUGUACGUUUCCCAGAAGCCUUCACCAAACAUGCAGAUGAUAUUGAAAAUUUCAAAGUUCGAGAUGAUGACAUAUGGGUCUGUACUUUUCCCAAGGCUGGCACCACCUGGACCCAAGAGAUGGUCUGGUGUCUAGCAAACGACGUAGAUCUCGAAGGUGCAAAAACAGAUUUGUCGGAUCGGUUUCCAUUUUUCGAGCUAACCGCUAUUUCAGAUCUCUUACUGAUACCCAAAGAAUUAUCAGAAUCGGAUCCCGAAAUAACGAGGAGCAUAGAAUUAUGCGACAACCUCCCCUCUCCGAGAUUUAUAAAAACGCAUCUACCGUUUCACUUUCUGCCUCGUGCCCUCCGGGAGGGUAAAACUACUGCCAAAAUUGUUUACGUUCGGAGGAAUGUAAAGGACAAUUGCAUAUCUUACUAUCAUCACUCUCGACUCAUGGAGGGAUAUGGAGGGGAUUUCAAUGCAUUCUGUCAACUUUUUUUGGCUGAUAAGUUGUUAUAUUGUCCGUUUUGGGAUCACAUUUUGGGAUUCUGGAAUCGAAGAAACGAUCCCCAAUUGAAUAUUUUGUUCUUGGCAUUCGAGGAUAUGAAAUCGGAUUUAUCAUCGGUGAUUCACAAAACAUCAGAAUUCCUGGGAAAGCCUUCACUAUCUACUGAAAAGUUGGAGAUUCUGUUGGACCAUCUCAGUUUUUCAAACAUGAAAAAAAACCCAGCGGUGAAUAAGGAAGAAUGGAUAAAGGCUAUGAAACAAUUUAACAUUUCCACGACAGGGGAGAAGUUCCUGCGAAGUGGUGAAGUAAAUCAGUGGAAGGUAGCAAUGUCUCGGGAAAUGAUUGACGAGUUCGAUCAGUGGACUUCACGUCAGCUCGAAACUUCAGACCUGACGCCGUAGGAGAAGAAGAGAGAAUAUUAUAGAAUUCUGAAAUCCGAAUGAAAUGAAUGAAAAAU